AUGAUUAUACAGUGUUUAUUAGCUGCUGUGGCAUUUUUUCUGCAGGUUUCGGCCGCGGGAACAAGCUUUCUAGCGGUCAAUUCGCAGCGCUACAAGGAUGCUUUGAACAAGGACAAGAUCGACUCAUGGACGGAACUAUCAGCUUUUAGUGAUAUAGAGGAACCUUUAGUUUGCUUCAGAUUCUCAAAAUUUGAUCUUUUGAGUGCACUAGCCGAGGUUCCUUCCGAAGUAAGAUUCUUACCCACGUUUUUUGAAGAGUUGGUAACGCAAGUAUGGGAGGAGGAUUCUUUCACAGACGUGGCUCAUAUUUCCACUGUCGAAGUUUCAAAGAUUCCGGAAUUGUCGUUGCCCUCGCUUUACAGCCAGGUGGACCGUAAGAGUGACAUUAUUGUAUUCGAGUUCUCGGACGCUUCAUACGACUUGGAACGUCUUGACGAAUAUUUGGAAACCGUCUAUCUGUUUUUGGAAGAGGAACUUGUCAAUAUCGACAAUAUCGUCAUCCAAGUGCCCUCUGUCGGUGAACCAUACGUGAAGAACACGGCGAAAACAUCAGAUAUCGAUGUUUCGGACCCGGACAGAAAACCCGCACCUAGCUCUCCAACCGGAAACGGCGAUGAAUUAAGCACGCUAUGGACAGAGGGAUUGAUCAGCUGUUUGAUUGUCACCGCAAUCCUGUUGGCCAUCUUGUCUGUGGCCAUCUCCUGGAUCACCAGUCUGGAGAUCAGUUACGGAGCUUUUGAGAAGCCCGUGAAUCCGCUCAAAAAGACCAACUGA